AGAGAAAAUGUAAAGAACAGGAGCCAAAAUCCAACUGACUAGUCAAAAAAAAUGAAAGUUUACAUGAAGGGGGUAAAAGAAAAAAAAGUAAAAAAGUACUACAGUACAGCAACCUCCUUUUUUUUGGGAUUUUUCUCCAUGUUUUUUUUUUUUUUACUGAGACAGUUCCAAGAAAAAAAUUUCAGUUAUAGGUCUAAAAAAGAUGUCAGUAAGCAAAAGGCAGCACCAUUUUCCAUUUUCUAUUCAUGGCAUGAAAUGGCCCUUAAUCAUCGUUUCCCACUUAUAAUAUAUCACAAUUAAACCCCCACCCUUCACAGUUCUUUGUGAAAAAUCCGUUGCUUGCUCAGUUGCUUCCUUCUUCCUCUGUUUUUUUUUACCUUUUUCUGGUAUUAUUUUUUUUUUUGCUUCUAAAUCUCCAUUUGUUUUUUUGCUUGUUGUGAAGAUAUUGUUGUUGUUUUAGUGAGUUUUUGUGUUAAAUGAUGGGUGAUAUUUUGUGGGUUUUCUGCUUCCUUGUACUCCUUUUUUGCUUCCUUCUUCCUCUGUUUCAAAGCCUUUUUCUGGUAAUUUUUGUUUUUGCUUGCAAGUUGCUACCCCCAUUUGUUGAAGAUAUUGUUGUUGUUUCAGUGAGUUUUUGUGUUAAAUGAUGGGUUGAUAUUUUGUGGGUUUUCUGCUUAUUUAUACUCCUUUGUGCUUCCUUCUUCCUCAGUUUCAAAGCCUUUUUCUGGUAAUUUUUUUUUUUUUUUUGCUUGCAAGUUGCAACCACCAUUUGUUGAAGAAAAGUGUCAAAUAUUGUGUGAAACUUUAUGGGUUUUGGGUUAAUCAAAUGGGCUCGGGUUUUAACUCUAUUUUGUGCAUUGAUUUCUUCCUCUGUUUCAACAAGUUUUUUGAAGAAAAUAUUGUUGUUGUUUCAGUGCGUUUGUGUGUCAAAUGCUGUGUGAAAUUUUGUGGGUUUUCUAGUUCAUUUUCUCCCCAUCUUUUUGUUUUUUUUUUGUUCCAUGUUGAACUGUGAUUUCUUUCCCCUAUCCAUGAACCGCUGAAUUGUUUUAUACACUCAAAAUCACAGUAAAUUGAUAAUCAAAUUCCUGUUCAAGUCUGUUUUAAACCCUCUUUCUAGUUAUUUUUGUUUUUGGUUGCAAUCCCCAUAUUGUUAUUUGCUGUGUUCUCUUUACUUUUGCAUUGUUCUGUUAGCUGCUCUGAUGUUCGCUACUCGAGCUGAGGGUAUGUGAAAACAAACUCUCUACCUCCUCGAGGUAGUGGAGAGUUUGAGGUUAUCUUGAGGCUUUAAAAGUCAAUUGUUAACUUCUGUCAACAUUUUUUUAUUCGAGUGCUGGAUGAUUAUUUGAACUGUGCCAGCAGAUUCGAAAUGUAGAAUUUGGGCUAUACACCCUACUUUCUCCGGUCUCCAUUUUCGGGAGCAUACUGUGUCUGUUAUUGUUAUUCUUUUGAAGAUAUUGUUAUUUCGCAAAGCGGGUGGUCGUGUGCUGAAGGAUCUAACUAUUCAUCUAAUUCUUUCAAGUAGUGAAGCGUGAAGUUCAUUCUCAAAAUGGCAAAGCAGAUGGUUGUGUGGUGAAGGAUCAACUAUUCAUCUAGUUCAUUGAAGUGGAAAUCGUGAAGUUCAUUCUCAAAAUUGCAUUUUGACGUGCCAAAGCAAGGAUUCAUUCAUUUGUUGGAGAAUGGUGACAUUCUCAAAUGAUGGUUUAUCCAAUCCAUGUGUGAAGAAGCGGCCAUCAGUAAAUGGUUAUCAGAUGCUAGAUUCUGGGAUUAUGCCAGAACAUAAAGUUCGGAAAGUCUGGGCAUGGGCGGAAUUUCCCCCAGGUUGUGGUAGAAAUGUUCCAAAAGUUGACUUGAACCGCAGCGAAAAUGAUGUGGUCUCUUUCAGUGAAAAUAUGGCAGACUCUCUGGUGGCCCAUGGUGACACUGGCCCUAAUAUUGGGGUUGAAUUCUGUUCUGUUGAAGUUGGGGACCGUCUAGUUGACAUGGAAGAGAAUGAAAAAUUGGAUAAGUUGGCAGGGAAUAUGUUAGCCAGAACCACGAGUGUGAUAGAAAACGGGUUGGAAGAACCAACAAGUCAUGUCAGAUUGCUUGGAUUUGAGUUGUCUAAAGAUCCUGGAAAUAGUGAUAUGUCAUUGCUCAAGAAAGAAAAAGUCAUUCAGUAUGAUGAAUUAGGGAAGGAAGUUGAUGUGGAGAGACGUUCAUGUUUGAUUGAAAAUGUAGAGAGUGUGUACUAUGAGCAUGUGCUGCAACCUGGCAGUGCGACUGAUUGCGCGAUUCCUGUUUGUGAUGUGAAAACAUUGUCGCUGCCUCAGUCUCCAAUCAAGAAAAGAAGUGUCAAUAUUUCCACCUUGCCAAAGAAAAAGUACAUCCGAAGAAGAGUAUUUGCUGUACGAAGCUUCCCUCCAUUUUGUGGAAGAAAUGCUGCUAAGCCAACUGAACUGGAUCGCUUAGGUGGUAGUGAAGCAAGCAAGAGAGGGGCCGUGUUAGAUAGGGGAGUUGUAGAAAAAGGUGUGAUCAAGACGUCGAAAAAUGCUAUGGAUACUGGGACAUUGCCCGUAAGGUUGACUGUAAGUUGGGAAGCUGCUGCGUUGAGUGAGAUAGAGGUUACUGGUUCCCAAUGUAGCUUAAUGGAACGAGGAACAGUUCGCUUUGAAGAACACGAAGGUGUGCAAGUUAACUAUGUUGGAAGGAGCCAACUUGAAAGAACUGUUAUAUUGCCAGAGACGGCGACAAAAAAGGAGAAUGGCAAUACAGGAAACAUUGUGCGGAAGGAGAUUGUUGUAAAUUCACAGAAUGAACGUGAAAAGGCUACUGCUGCAAGACAGGUUUUUUGUUCUGGAGAUAAGAUUAUUAGGCCAGUGGUGCAUGGGUUGACAGGUGAGCCUUAUUCUCCAUGGAGGCAGAAGAAACAAACUCCUAAGCCAAUUGUGCAUGGUCUGAUGGCUGAGACAUCCACCGACUGGAGGCAGAGGAAAGAAACUAAUUUAGAUGGCCUGAUGAAUAGAAACCAAGUUCAAAAGCCUAACAUGUUUCGGCAUAAAUCCUUUGCUGUUGCCAGAAAAAGUUUUCCUAAAACAAAAUUUCCACAGAGACUGUUUGGCAGGAGUAAAUCGGGUUUUGUUGGUGAAGCUGAGCCAGGAUAUUCAAGUGCGCCUGUUGCCAACAAUUAUGGAACUCGUAAUUUGAAUGGUGAAGCACUACCUGAGGAUUCUCCUAUUGGACAGGGGAAGUAUGCAGUUGAUGUGACUCGGCCACCUUUUGGUCCAAAGAGCUUCAGUCGCAGUGAUGCUCGUACUAAAGUUAGAGAGACUCUUCGUCUGUUUCAUUCCAACUGUAGAAAAAUCUUGCAAGGAGAAGAAUCAAAGUCCCGGGAAAAAGAUAAAAUCAGAAGGAUUGAUCUUCAAGCAGCAAAAUAUGUCAAAGAAAAAGGGAUGGAAGUUAAUACAGGAUCGCAGAUAAUAGGAAAAGUUCCAGGAGUUGAAGUAGGAGACGUGUUCCAGUACAGGGUUGAACUUGCUCUUGUGGGACUUCAUCGCUUAUAUCAGGCUGGUAUUGAUUUCAUGGACAGUCGAGGACUGCUGGUUGCAAUUAGUAUUGUUGCCUCAGGGGCCUAUGAUGAUGAUUUGGGAGAUGCUCAUGAGCUGAUUUAUUCUGGUCAAGGUGGAAAUGUGGUUGGCAAGAUCAAAAUUCCUGAAGACCAGAAACUUGUGAAAGGUAAUUUAGCCUUGAAAAAUAGCAUAGCUAGAAGGAAUCCUGUUCGGGUGAUUCGUGGGUCUAAGGAGACCAAGACUUCUGAAUUGAGUGGAAAAGCUAAUGUGGUGGUGACAACUUAUGUGUAUGAUGGUUUAUACACUGUUGAAAAUUACUGGACAGAACGAGGGCCGCAUGGUAAGAUGGUCUUUAUGUUCAAGUUGGUGAGAAUUGCUGAACAACCAGAGCUUACUUGGAGACAAGUACGGUCAUCAAAAUGUUCUAAAGUGCGGCAUGGUGUUUGUGUUCAUGAUAUUACAGAAGGGAAGGAGUCACUACCUAUAUCAGUUGUGAACACAAUUGAUGGUGUGAAACCCCCACCAUUCAAGUACAUCAAGAAGAUGAUGUAUCCAUCUGGUUUCCACCCUGCACCACCUAAAGGCUGUGAUUGUAUUGGUAGAUGUUCUGAUUCCAAGAGGUGCUCUUGUGCAGUUAAAAAUGAAGGCGAGAUUCCUUACAACCAUAAUGGGGCUAUUGUUGAAAUGAAGCCUCUUGUAUAUGAGUGUAGUCCUUUAUGUAAGUGCCCUCCUUCAUGCUAUAAUAGAGUGAGCCAACAGGGUAUUAAAAUUCCACUGGAGAUCUUCAAGACAGAUACAAGGGGCUGGGGUGUGAGAGCUCUAACUUAUAUCUCUUCAGGAACCUUUAUCUGUGAGUAUGCAGGACAACUUCUGGAGGACACAGAAGCGGAACUAAGAAUCGGCAAGGAUGAAUAUCUUUUUGAUAUUGGUCAGAACUAUAAUGGUUGUACUGUCGACUCUCCUGGACAAGCAAACCCAAAUGAGUUAGCAGAAGAGGGUGGUUAUACCAUUGACGCAGCUCGCUAUGGAAAUGUAGGAAGAUUCAUCAACCACAGUUGUUCGCCCAAUUUGUAUGCCCAGAAUGUUGUCUAUGAUCACAAGGAUAAGAGAAUGCCCCAUAUCAUGCUUUUCGCGGCAGAUAAUAUUCCUCCCUUGACGGAGCUUUCUUACCAUUACAACUAUUCCAUUGAUCAGGUAUAUGACUCUGAUGGCAAGGUCAAGGUGAAGAGGUGCCUUUGUGGAGCUCCAGAUUGUUCUGGUAGGAUGUACUAGGAUUUAUAAAGUGUAGCUGUUGAAGUUGAAUAGAAGAGUUACAUCUCAUCGUCUUUUCGGUUCGCCUCUGGAAUAGAAGUGCUGAUUCUUUUUGUUUAGUUUGAUAUGCUUUAGUGUAUAGGGUGUUCAUCGAAACAUAAGCAAGCUCUCUUGUAUGAUCCUACAGUCAGAACUGGAAAAAAUUUUCACCACUACUCAGAACUUUCUUUGUAUUUUGAGAAAAAAAUCAAGGAGAAAUUGAGUCUUAGUGUCUAUGAAGGGGUUUUUCUAAUGUUUAAUUUUAAGCAGCUUUAUUGGGUUUUUA